AUUUUUAUAUAGAUUUAUGUAACUUAAAUUGUGAAAAAUAAUGUCUACACUUAUAAUUAGCUCCUAUUUGUUAACCAAAAAUGUUUUGAAUUAUUUUAAUACAACUAUGAAUUGAUUGGACCGAAAAAUAUUUAGUUUUAUGUUUUGAUUUAUUAAUGAAAUUAUAUUUAGAUGAAAGUUAUGACAAGCAUUUCGGCUAUUUAUAGAAUAUUAAAUAUAUUUAUAUAAAUACAUGAAUUUGUUUGACUGUGAAAUAUGUGUUCAAAAUUGCACAGUGCCAUGAAAAUAGUGCCACAAAAGCCCAUAGACUUUGACACAUUCAACGCUCACAUUCAGCUCAUGAGGAAGUAUGAAGUGCUGCCGAAGAUUGAAUUUCAUUUUGCGUCAAAAAACGAGACGACAACUAAACACAGUACACAUCACGCCAUGAAAGAGGCCAACGAUCACAAGAAUACAUACCCCAAGAAAUGUCUGCCCUAUGACUUCAAUCGUGUGGUUCUGUCGCACACUCCCGACGAACCCGAUUCCGAUUAUGUGAACGCAUCCUAUGUUGAUAGCAUAUUAAAGCCGAACGCAUACAUUGCCGCUCAGGGACCCAAUGAGUUCACUAUAAACGACUUUUGGCGUCUCAUUUGGGAACAGAAUUCAAUGCUUAUCGUAAUGUUGACCAAAGUGUUUGACUUCAUACGAGUCAUGUGUUGCCAGUAUUGGCCGAUGGAGGAGAACAAGCCCGAGAUGUACGGCCAGAUUGAGGUCACACUACUCAGUGAGGAACCGCUCGCAGAUUUUGUUAUCAGGACUUUCAAAGUCAGGAAUCCCAGCGAAAUGAAGUCACGCAAAAACAGCGCCAAAUCGAGUUCGCGAUCCAAACAGAUAUCCAACCACUUCAGGAGUCGCCAGAGUUUUAAGUCACAGUCGACCCGAUUCUCAUCGGUGCGGCCGUCGGUCAACACCAUCGACAAUACGAUUGACACAAACUAUUACAGCGACGCAAACCUAUCGCUUCCGAGCGAGACUUUCCUGUCGGCGCGCAAUGAGAUGCUCUCCGAAGACCAAUACGUGAACGGAUUCAACGACGAGGAUGUGGUCGACGACGACGUGUUUGGCGACGAAGACACUGUCGUCGAAGACGUGGAGACCAAUGAACGGGUCAUAUAUCAGUUGCAUUAUCAUAGCUGGUCAUCGCAUACCUGUCCAUUCCCUAACUCUUUGCUGCAGUUCCGGCGAAGAGUCCGUAUUUAUAUGAAUGAACUCCUUUUGGACGAAAAAGUCGAUAAAAUCGGACCAACUAUUGUUCACUGCAGUGAUGGCGGCGGCAGAACCGGUGCCUAUAUGUGCAUCGAUGCCAACCUAGAGCUGGCAGAAGAGGACGGCUUUUACGACGUGUUUGGUUAUGCAAAACGUAUGAAACACUCGCGUAAAGGACUCAUUGAGAAUAUGGACCAGUAUAAGUUUGUGUACGACACGCUAGAAGAGGCAUAUUUUUGUGGCAAAACCUGGUUUCCAGUCGCAGAACUCUCGCAACAAAUGAGAUUCAAGUCGAGUAAAAACGUUAUGAACCAAAAUGAAUAUUUCCUCGAAUAUCAGGUACAAAAAAAAAUACUGAAAAUGACUGUUAAGCCGACAAUUGGUGACUGCGCUGGCGGUCAUCGGAUCGAGAAUCGAGACAAGAAUCGGGACGUGUCUAUAGUUCCUCCCGACAAUUUCCGGCCAUAUCUCACAUCAUUCCAGAGCAAUGAUAGCACCGAUUAUAUUAACGCCGUUUUCGUCGACGGUUACACCCGAUCUAAAGAAUACAUCAUAACUGAGUGGCCAAUGAAGAAGACAAUGCAAGACGUUUGGUCCCUCAUCUAUGACCACGAAUGCAAUUCUGUGAUCGUUUUGGGCAACCCUUUGCCCAGUAAUACAUACCCGAGCUUUUGGCCCAACGAGAAGGUGAAGAAGCAAAAGUACGGUCCGGUGUUUACCGUCGAAAUGGUUUCAUACAAUCACUACCCGAACAUCAAAUCGUGGAUAUUUCGCAUCAAUAAAAAAGUGGUUUCGCUCACAGAAUUGAUGGCCGGAGUGAAGGCCGAGCCCAAGACUACACAACUGUUUCAGAUCCUAUGCUGGCCUGCGGAGCAUAAGGUGCCCACUUCUACCAACGCGUUGGUUGAGCUCAUGAAUAUGGUUGAGCGCUGGCGACAGCGCAGCAAUUAUGGACCAGUAGUUGUUAUCUCGUAUAAUGGUAAGGCCCGGGCGGGUGUGUACUGUGCAGCCAACGUGGCGAUGGAACAGGUCGUACAGCACCGGGAGGUCGAUAUAUUCAACGCCGUUCGCACUGUCCGUCGACACCGACCACAACUGGUGGAGAGUGUAAGACAAUUGGCCACAAAUUUGGGAUAA